GUCACAGCAUGUGACCUUUUUGAGCAACACACAGUGCAGUGCAGAUUUCUCAGGACUCGUUACAGAUAAAUAAUUGGGAAAUGUCGGCAGAUUUUAAGAAGUGUUGGUUCCAACAUUCGUUUCUUUCGAAUGCUGUCCCUGCCGAGUGUAAUGAUAACAUCUGCGUUGUUGGAGUUUUUGGAAAGAGCCAACGAGCGAAAGGUUUGAUGCUGAACGGUGUCACAACUAGAAACGGUUUCAAGGAUCCUAAAUUUAACCCACAGAAGAUCGACGUUGACAGUUGCAGCAUUGAGUGCUUCUACGAUGCCGACUCCAGGGUGCUGUAUCUCCAUCUUGUCUCCAUCUACGACACGCCAAUGCUGGCACGAGUCUGCCAGCAAAUGCAACAAAACCUGUCAAAUGCUGAUUGCCACACAUUUUGGAAGGACCAUGUGACGAGCCACGCCAGGGCAUUGCUGUACAUGUUCACUGUCUGCCACAUCAUGGUGGUGGUCCAUCCGAAGAACACAUUUGAUACUGGCUAUAUCCAGCUGUUUAGAGCCCUGCAAAAUCUGAGGGAGAAGCUGAAUUCCUCAAUUUCCAGCAUCCUGAAGGAAGUGCCGAUGGGGAAGGAAUGUCAGAACAACGGCCGGCUGUGUACACCACGACUGCUCUUUAUUUGCCAGCAGACUGACAUGACAGAAGACGAGUUGAACUCAACAGCAACAGUGUCUACUACAAGAUCCAAAUUCAAGCGCUGGUCUUCCCGUAAGCUCUUACAGCAUUCCUUGGAGGACCAGAUCUACAGACUCCUGCGCAAGAGCCGCAUUCUCACCAACAAUUUAUCUCAUUGCUUGUUCACUGUGCCCGGAAACCAGGCCUUUGUGCAUUUUCUGGACCAGCAGAGUCUGGCCAUGGACCCGGUUUCAUUUAUGAUUUCUGAACUCAACAAAAACUUUCAGCCCUUCAAGAAAGUCAACACCAAAUUACCAUCAGCGACAUCACCGCCGGUACCCUCAGAGCAGUUCCAGAUAUUCACAGAUACAAUACCAACUGUGGAAGAGCCUAAGAAAAUGGAUGACCUGAGGUCGUUUCUAUGGGAACACAUCCAGCUGGUGCUGGAUGGGAAGGGAUUUGAUGAUGGAGUUGGGCGAGGGGCAACACCACAUUGUGAGAGCCUCAGUUUCAGCAGGUGGCAAGCCGUAUCCAGCCUCCUGUACGAGUUCUUCAUGAGCGACUCGGAUGACCCCAAGGUCAGCAGUCACUUCAAUGCUAUGACCUCUGCCCUGGACCUGGACAUGCGAUUCUCUGAAGCGCGAUGUAACAAAGUCCUGCCCAUAGCAACCAGGACAUACCAAGAGGGGGCGCCCUCCCACUACACAAGCACUGUCCAUGCAAGCAGGCUGGCUCAAGCCAUGAAGGUGUUUUCCCAGCACGCCCGGGGGCCGGCCUUUGAGAAGUACGCCAACCAGCUGCAGGCCGAGUGCCAGCUCUUUUGGCAGAGUGGACGACAGCUUUGUGAGGUGGUCAGUCUGACGGGCCACCACUGCAUCCACAAGGCUCAUCUCUUGCUGGACAGCCUGAUUGACCCUGAAACGGAGGCCGUGAUUCCCAGAAUGCCUCAUACCAACAACAAUCGCACCCCUUGCGCCUGCAACUGUGGGCGCACCGUGGGGCAGAGAGACGAUCCGUUCACCCUGAAGCUUGCCAACUUUGACUUCUUCCAAGGCCUGGAGGAACGCUGCUGCAGCAAGCUCAGGCGACACAAGUUCCUGCUGUACGAGGCCAAGCGCCGCGACUCCACAGUGCUGCUGGCAAUGGCAAUGGCAGGCAAGGACCAAGCAAAGGAUCCUGGGAAGGAGGCCGGAAACGAAGACAGCCUGAGCAAAAUGGCUGCCGAAAAGCUGAAGAGCGAAAACACAGCGAGCAUUCCAAAUACCUUCAGCCCCGCUCUCAGCCUCGGCCAGUCAGGGGCCAGCGAUCUGCUAUCCCAUGAUACCCACAGCGGGUUGCCAGGCAACAGCGCGGCCAGUCUGCUGAGCAUGGGCGAUGGCAUCCAUGAAACUGUCAGGGAGAAGCCUGUGUAUUUCCGAGAGUCCUCAACAGCCGAGUACCUACAGGGCAUGAUGUGCUCCACCUCCCCCCGGGGCCUGCUGCCGCUGUUCUCAUCCUGGUCGUUGCUGUGCUUAGGCAAGGCAUCGUUGUACAACCCCAGCAAAGGACUGGAGCAGCCGGGUUUCCUGCGGAAUUGUAACUUCCUUGUUCCCUGGGAUCUUCCCGUUCCCAAAGGGAGCGCGCUGGAUCCUUCCUGGCCGGUGCUGAGCGACACGGGAGGGAGCAGCCGGAAAGGAGGAAAACACCGGGACAAGAGAGGGGCCAAAGAGGCCUACAUCGGUGACGAGUACGAAUGCCCGCGGGGCCAUCGCUUCAUCUGCUCGGGCCCGGACAGUAUCGUCAAGGCAAGCGGCAGUGGCAUCGUCAAGGAUACUGGGACGAAACUGGUGACAUCCGACAUGCCACUGUACUGUCCUUGCCCUUGCCGGACCACCAAGCCCCCACUUGGCCAGCUGAUGCGGGCCUUCAUUGUCACCCCUGACGUACCCCUUUACAUCAAGCUGAACCCCCGCCUCAGGCCCGACCAGCACCCCUGCCCGAUAUUCCACCCCGAGAUGAGUGAAGACGGGAUCACACUGACCAGCAACAGCCUGUGGGUGCUACGCUUUCCUUAUGUUUAUGUGGAUGAAAACGGCCCCGUCCGUACCCCGACCGACAACCAGCCGAUCCCCUCUGCCAAACUCCUGAGGGGCAUGUACCUGACCACGUCGCAGAAACCACCAGACAGCUGAAAAAAACAACGCCCACCCCCGACCCCAUCCCUCACAGAAUCCCUCGGUGAGUUGAGAUGUUGCUUCUCAUGAGGCAGGUUCAUGCUGGUGAUGUUGCCGUAAUCCGGUAAGGAGACCAUGUUGUCUUUAUCUAGCAGCCGAUACGAUUAUUCUCCGAAGCUUGAAGAAGCUCUCUAAAGUAGAUC